AUGGAAGACUGGUGGCGGGUGGUGUUCUUCCUCCUGUUCAUCCUGGGCUGCCUGCGCCUCCUGGAGACGCUCCUCCCAGGGGAGCUGACGGCCGGCGACGGCGCUGUUCCCCGGGUAAAGAGGUCCCCCGAACUCCCUCUCCGCUUCCGCUACGACGGCUCCUUCAAGAUCCUCCAGGUUGGUAGCUUGGUCAUCUUCAUCUUCAUCUGCAUCUGCAAGUACUGAGGUCCGGAGGGCACCGUCCGGUUUCGAUUUUUGCCCUCCAUCUUCGGUGUGGGAGUCCGCCAGGUUUUCCGGCUGUUUAUGCAUCACAUUCUCGCGGAUUACCUUGUAAGGUGGCGGAUCUGCACUACGGCAUGGGGGGCACGACGCGAUGCAGGGACGUGCUGCCGUCCCAGUUCGCCGGCUGCACCGAUCUCAACUCAACCCGCUUCCUCCAGAGGAUGAUCCACGCCGAGAAGCCCGAUCUCAUCGUCUUCUCAGGUACUCCGCCGACCCGCUUCCCCUCGCCAGAGAAGGGCGGAUGCUCUUGGCCCCUCGAUUUUUGCCAUCUGAAUCUGCCUCCACCAUUGGCCGAUUGUUCUUGGCCUCUCGAUACCCGCCCACCCUUUGUCUACUUCGACUCGUGAGUUUCCUUUGGGAAUUAGGGAUUCCAGCGGGGAGGCCGGAGGUGAACCAAGUUCGAGCUGAGAUCGCAGAAUUCUGUGAUGUAGGGGGGAUCAGAUGGUAGGCAACUGAUGUUCGCGGACUGUUAAUUUUCGCACCUUGCGCAGUUCAUCCUCAUUCCUGUUUCAGAAUCUGAGUAUGCUCUAUCCCAUUCUAAAUCCAAGGACCUCGUGCCAAGCAUACUGGGUUGGAUCAUGGCAGCGCCCCCGCUGUUCAAUCUCCUAGGGUUUCUCCUCCCCCUUCCUCGUUCGACUCCACUGAGGUAGGUGUUCAAUGAAUGCUCUGUCUGGUUGCUGCCAGGGGACAACAUAUUCGGGUCGAGCACCCGCGACGCCGCCGAGUCCCUAUUCGGGGCCUUCCGUCCGGCCAUGGUUGCCAAGCUGCCUUGGGCGGCCAUUCUGGGCAACCACGACCAGGAGUCCACCAUGACCCGCGCGGAGCUUAUGGCCUUCAUCUCGCUGAUGGACUACUCGGUCGCCCAAGUCAACCCCCAUAGCCUCCCGAACGAGCUCUCCCGCAUCGAUGGAUUUGGCAACUACAAUCUCACCGUGCACGGGGCCGCGGGUUCGCCGUUGGUCAACUCCAGCCUGCUGAAUCUCUAUCUCCUCGACAGCGGCGAUCGAGCUGUCGUCGGCGGCAGGCGGACCUACGGAUGGAUCAAGGAGUCGCAGCUCCACUGGCUUCGCGCCGUCUCCGAAGAGCUCCAGGUACAGAACUAGAUCAUCCCCCCUCAGAGAGAAACAAGGAGUCUGCUGAUUUGACCUGGGCUUCUUCUUCUUCUUCUUUCUCGUCGAUUUCAGGGAUCGUCCCCUGUUCCAGCGCCUGCUCUGGCAUUCUUCCACAUUCCGAUUCCGGAGGUCAGGGAGCUGUGGUUCAGGAAGAUCCUCGGGCAGUACCAGGAGGCCGUCGCCUGCUCCUCGGUCAACUCGGGGGUCCUGAAGACCCUCGCGUCCAUGGGGGACGUGAAGGCGGUGUUCGCCGGCCACGAUCAUCUGAACGACUUCUGCGGUGAGAUCGGCGGCGUCAUGCUCUGCUACGGCGGCGGCUUCGGGUACCACGGCUACGGCAAGGCGGGCUGGCCCAGGAGGGCGAGGAUGAUUCAAUCGGAGCUCAGGAAGGACGGCGGCGGAUCGUGGGCCGGCGUGGGAAGGAUUCGGACAUGGAAGCGCCUGGACGACGAAGCGUUGACCAAGAUCGAGGAGCUGGUCAUCUGGGAGAGCCCGACGUGA